GGGGGGAGUGGCAAUAUAAAUACGCCCAAACGGCAGCGAAGAUGCUACAGCGAGAAAGCGACCUGGAACGAUAAUUCCUAGUUAACUAUAUAAUGUAAAUACAAAUCCGAUUUAUUUCGAAAUUCCGAGCUUAUCUGAUUACAAGAGCAAGAGUGUGAGACUUAAUGGCGAUUUCCAUGGCAUUCUGUUGUUUUCAGUUGAAUGCCUGAGGGAAUUCAUCGCCUACUUCUCGCGUUUUUGUUUCUGCACAAUUUCGUACCUCGUCCUUCCCUCCCGGCGACUUUUUUGCUUCUAAUACUGACUCUCGCGAAUGCCAUAUCCGUGCAGGGAUCCUCAGGCGUAGGCCGUCGGAAGAGUGAAUGCCGGCGCUGGAUUUGAGUUCCUGGUGAACACUUCAAUCUGAGUGUUGGUAGCAUCUUCCGCAAUGCGUUUUUGCGCGGACUGAGUGAGGAGGAGUCUCAAGUGUCGUUGGACUCUCUUGCUGGCUUAGGGUUUGAUUCCGUGGAGGAGACGUGUCUGUGCAUAGGCAGAGUGUCGGAGUGAGCCUGGACUGUUCUAUUCUGUUGGGCUGCGUUUUUCUCGGAACCGAGUUACCGAGUCGUGCCUUGGUCAGCUGCACUCGCUUUGAUUCAGUGUUCUGAAUCGGAGGGAGAAACAGAGAUCGAAGCGCCUCACGCAUCUUCAACAGAGUAAUAAUCGGAGAGAGGGCGGAGAAAGAUGGAGUCGGGGGAAAAGUGUCUGGACUCCCAGUUGUGGCAUGCCUGUGCGGGAGGGAUGGUUCAGAUGCUUAGGGUGAACUCGAAGGUCUUCUACUUCCCACAAGGGCAUGCUGAGCAUACGCUCACUACUGUUGACUUCUCCCCUUUGCCAAAUAUUCCACCUCUGAUUCUCUGCAGGGUGUGUGCCGUGAAGUAUUUGGCCGACCAGGAGACUGAUGAGGUCUAUGCUAGGAUUACGCUGGUUCCAAUUCCAAAUACUGCCGGCUAUGAGGAGGAUGAGGAUGAUGAGGUUCCAAGGAACAAUGGAAUUGAAGCGGCUGAAAAAUCUAACUCUUUUGCCAAGACACUGACUCAGUCUGAUGCUAACAAUGGCGGUGGCUUCUCAGUUCCCAGGUACUGUGCAGAGACCAUCUUUCCACCGUUGGAUUACGCGGCAGACCCACCAGUCCAGACUUUGACUAUCAAAGAUGUUCAUGGUGUUACUUGGAAGUUCAGGCACAUCUAUAGGGGUACACCAAGGAGGCAUUUGCUGACAACAGGUUGGAGUAACUUUGUGAACCAUAAAAAGUUGGUUGCAGGGGAUUCAAUUGUGUUUCUGAGAUCAACCAGUGGGGAGAUUUUUGUGGGAAUUCGAAGGGUGAAAAAGGCUAGUAUUGCUUGCUUGGACAGCUCAUCCAGUUGGAGCUCUCUUGCUGGAAAGUAUGCCGCUCUUUCAUCUUUUUUGAAGGAAGAUGAAAACAAAAUGAACAGAAAUGGUGAUGGAAAUCCAAGCGGUUCUUCAGGUGGGGGUUUUAGAGAAAGAGGAAGAGUGAACCCCCAAUCAGUUCUUGAAGCUGCUUAUCUUGCUGCUUGUGGGAAUCCAUUCGAAGUUGCCUAUCACCCACGUGCAAGCACGCCCGAGUUUUGUGUUAAGGCUUCAUCCGUGUCUUCUGCUAUGAAGAUUCAAUGGACUCCACAGAUGAGGUUCAAAAUGGCCUUUGAAACUGAAGAUUCUUCACGAAUCAGUUGGUUCUUGGGAACAAUAUCCUCUGUUCGAGUUAUUGAUCCUAUUCAAUGGCCGAAUUCUCCGUGGAGGCUUCUUCAGGUGACGUGGGAUGAACCGGAUUUGCUACAAAAUGUCAAGCAUGUGAGCCCAUGGAUGGUUGAAUUGGUGGCGACCAUGCCCAUGGUCCCCCUCUCACAUUUCUCACCACCAAGAAAAAAAUUGUGUUUACCACAAAACAUCUCCUUGGAAAGCCAAGUUCAACUACCGUCGUUUUCCAGAAACACCCUUGAAGCCAGCAGCACAUUUUGUUGUUCUUCUGACAACUUGUCUGCGGGCAUACAGGAAGCCAGGCAUAUGCAAUUGGGUCAUCCCUUGAUGGAUAUCCACCUCAGCAACAAAUUGAAUUUAGGACUCUCACUCCCCACAACUGACCCAAACCAUACCCGCAUUACUAGAGACUUACAGGACAACAGUGAAAAUGUAUGCUGCUCAGUUACCCCGUGGACAUCCAGCCCCCAGAAUGUGAUGACUCCUCAGUUUUUGCUCUUUGGUCAGCCAAUACUCACUGAGCAGCAAUUGUCUCACCGUUCAACAAAAUCUCCAAAAGAAAAAAAUCCUGCAAGUCGAGAUAGAUUUCCUAAUGAUAGUACUAGAAAUAGUGAUAACAGUAAAGGCUUACAAGAGAAGGUUUUAGGUGCUGGUGCCACACAUUUUGGAAACCAAACCGUUCGCGCAGAAGAAUGUAGGAAUGACUCUGGUGAUCACUGCAAAGUUUUCUUGGGAGCAGAGACUGUAGCAAAAUACAUUGACCUCUCCCCCUUGGAAUCAUAUGAAGAGGUAUACAAAAAACUUGCAGACAUAUAUGGGAUAUCAUCGUCUGUAAUGCGGAACCGUGUCAUCUACUGCGACUCCAUGGGUGCUGUCAAACAAAUUGGAGGUGACCUCUUCAGUGACUUCAAAAAGAAAGCACAAAGAUUGACAGUUCUGGUGAAUCCAAGCAGCAGCUCUGAGAGGAGGCAAAGAGAUGGUCUUCCAUCAACUACACAAAGUGGACUAGACUCCUCAAGCCAGACUGGAUUUCUCGGAAUAUCUGCAUAGCAACCAUAAUCCGAUGAUCAACGCUGAAAAGCCCACACCGAUGCCGGAGGAGGGUUUUAGUGUGUUUGUAUGGCUUCAUGGGAACGGGUGUAGUUUUGUUGGGCACCAGACCUCAUGUGCCGACAGUAUGGUAGCAGUAAGUAAGCUUCUAGUGUGGUAGUUGUUAGUAUCUGAGAAUAUAUGAACAGUUUCUUGUUGUUAUGUUAAUAUAGACAAGUUGACAACAGAAGAUGUGUAGGAGAAUAAUGUGGUCAUGGUGGGUGGGGGUAGUUUGUGCAGCACGAAUUGACAGGCUCUCAUCAUGUAGGAAUGGUUUUUAUUUUCUCUUUCAAAUGAAUAUGUAAAGACUGCCUUCUUUUGAACUGUGGUCUUUAGUAUGCUUCCCAAUCUGUUCUAAUAAUGCUUUUGAUUCCUGC